AUGUUGAAAGCUAUCGUUUCCAAAUUGCCCCACAGUUUUUCGAAGAAACGUUACGGCGAGUUUAAAAUUCUGCACAGUUUGUUGGUGGCGAAGAUCCGUGGGGCCGUGGGCCGUAUUCGUACGUUUUCCAUCAGCAAUACGACAACCGGUAACAACGCCGUCAAGCGCCAGGAUCAAACAUCAAAACAUGCAUCACCGGCCACCAGUGACUGGACCCGAUCUUUAAGCAUUUGGUUAGACAAGUGCUGGAUGACUUCGAAUUCGCAACAUUGGCUGGGCGCUGCGACUGUGCGAACGAGUGUGAUCCCAUGGGAGGGCGACCUGCUGUUGACCGAUCCGGUGUUACAAGGUGUUUAA